UCUCCCCUCUUCUAAUUAAAGAACAACAAUCUCUCUCUCUCUCUCUCUCUCUCUGUAAUGGGGUAUAUCCAAGAAGCUAGAGAAAACCAUGUCAAGAAGAAGGUGGAAGAAGCUUUACGCAGCAAAAUGAAGCAAAAGGCGCUCAAAGAAUGCAAUUAUUACUCUGCAAAGUAUGCUGAAUGUGCUGCAGGAAGAACUAUAUCUGUAGUAUGGCAAUGCCGUAAACAUGCGAAAGAGUUGAAUGAAUGCCUGCAUCAAUACACCAAUGACAGUGUCUUGGAAGACAUGAAGAAGAAUUACAUGCUCGAGCAAGAAAGCAAGAACUUGCUUCUGAGUGCUGCUUACGUCAGAUUCGUCGUAUAUUACAGUCUCUUUUCCCAAAAGAGACGGAAAUGACCGGCUAAUGGACGCACCAGAACGCAGGUAAUGAGCAGAAGCGAAAGAAAGUCAGCUUCUUGCCGUCGAUGCUUUUUCUUCCGUUUUACGUCGUGCGGUGUGUGUUGCUUAGAGCUGCCGGACACGCAGAAUCAUCUUAUUUAAACAUUGAUUCCUCAUGUUGUCACUUGGGAGAUGAGAAUAUGGUUGCUGAUUCCCUUCAACAUUAUUAUGUGUUCUGAAAGGAUAGAGAAUCUGUGUUGCAAGAAUGCUUGUAAUCUUAAACUUUAUUCCUGCAGUUUAUGCUCUUCUCAUUUUCGGCAUCUUUGACUCAUUUCGCGGAGAAAGUCUUCUUUGUAACAGAGAUUCUUUCUGGAAGGAUAGUUGUACGGAAAUAUUAUUAUUC